GACGGAAGUGGGUUGGAGGUGUGGCGCAAGUGGCUGGGGAGUGAGGAGAGCCGGAGUGGGUGGUUCCAGUUCUAUCGCGGAGCCGGAUGUUUUCCGAGCUUUGACAGGCGUGGCAGAGAGCAGUACCCUACCACGGUUUUUCUUCAGGUUCUGUGGGGUGAGAUUGUGAGGGACAGGCUUGGCCAUGGACCCUCUCUCAGAGUUGCAGGAUGACCUGACCUUGGAUGACACCAGCCAGACUCUGAACCAGCUGAAGCUAGCCUCCAUUGAUGAGAAGAACUGGCCCUCAGAUGAAAUGCCUGACUUUCCCAAAUCAGAUGACUCCAAAAGCAGCUCCCCGGAACCCGUCACACACCUGAAGUGGGAUGACCCUUACUACGACAUCGCCCGGCACCAGAUUGUAGAGGUGGCAGGAGAUGACAAAUAUGGGCGGAAGAUCAUUGUGUUCAGUGCUUGCCGAAUGCCCCCAAGCCACCAGCUGGACCACAGCAAGCUCCUGGGGUACCUGAAGCACACCCUGGACCAGUAUGUGGAGAGUGACUACACGCUGCUCUACUUGCAUCAUGGCCUAACCAGCGAGAACAAGCCCUCCCUUGGCUGGCUCCGGGAUGCCUACCGGGAGUUUGAUCGCAAGUACAAGAAGAACAUCAAGGCUCUGUACAUUGUGCACCCCACCACAUUCAUAAAGACCUUGCUCAUCCUCUUCAAGCCCAUCAUUAGCUUCAAGUUUGGGCAGAAGAUCUUCUAUGUGAAUUACUUGAGCGACCUGAGUGAGCAUGUUAAGCUGGAGCAACUGGGGAUCCCCCACCAAGUGCUCAAGUACGAUGACUUCAUCAAAUCCACACAGAAGAGCCCAGCAACAGCCCCCAAGCCCAUGCCACCUCGGCCUCCUCUGCCCAACCAGCAGUUUGGGGUCUCACUGCAGCACCUCCAGGAGAAGAACCCAGAGCAGCAGCCCAUCCCGCUUGUGCUUCGGGAGACUGUUGCCUACCUACAGGCCCACGCUCUCACCACUGAGGGGAUUUUCCGGAGGUCGGCCAACACCCAGGUGGUACGGGAAGUGCAGCAGAAGUACAACAUGGGGCUGCCUGUGAACUUCAACCAGUACAAUGAGUUGCAUCUGCCAGCAGUCAUCCUCAAGACCUUCCUCCGGGAGCUUCCUGAGCCCCUGCUCACCUUUGACUUCUACCCACAUGUUGUGGGCUUCCUCAACAUUGAUGAGAGCCAGAGGGUGGAGGCCACACUGCAGGUAUUCCAGAUGCUGCCUGAGGAGAACUAUCAGGUGCUUCGUUUCCUCACUGCCUUUCUGGUACAGAUUUCUGCCCGCUCUGACCAGAACAAGAUGACCAACACUAACCUGGCUGUCGUCUUUGGCCCUAACCUGCUGUGGGCCAAGGAUGCUGCCAUCACCCUCAAGGCCAUUAAUCCCAUCAACACAUUCACUAAGUUCCUCCUGGAUCAUCAAGGGGAGUUGUUCCCUAGCCCUGACCCCAGGGGGCUCUGAGCCCACCCCUGCCCCACCAGCCCCUUCUCUGAUAGCCCCAGUUUGGACUCUCCUGGCUUCAGCCUUUCAGGAGCCUGGGGCUCCUGCCCAGGAAGAGACCAUGAGGCCCUAGCGCAACAGAAGCUGGAGCCAGCCAACCAGCAGCCCCUCCUUCCCUGUGCCCCACCCACCUCACUGGUCCAGGAAGCCUUGCUGGAACCAGAUGUUUUUCUUUGCCUUAUACUUCUCACUGCCUCCUUGGCUCCUGCCAGGCUCUGCAGAGCUGGCCUUGGCCCUUCCUGCAGGGGAAGAAUUGGCCCCAGCAGCCUCACCUGCUUUCUCCUGCCUUUGUCGCCAGCAACGGCAGAUGCUAAAAUCACUGCCAGCUGGGCUGGUAGCUGGGGCUGGUUCUCCCCUCCUGACUGCUGGGGCAUGAGAGGCUCUGCUGGCUUGGCUGGCCCUACCAAAGCUCUGCCAUCUGGAUGGAGGCCUGGGUGCAAGCAUCCUGCUCCUGUCCCAACGGCUCAGCUUUGGGUGUUCUCAGACCUAAGGAAUGACAGGGCUGGAGUCUGCUUCCUGUUUUUGCCUCCUUAUCCUCUACACAUCCUGGGCCAACCUUUCCCCAGUGGCACUGCCCUGGGGUGUCCUAACCCCCUGGUUCUGCCAGGACUGGCAGCUUGGAUGACAGGCUGAAUCCCAGCAUCCAUCUGAGACACUCCACUAUGCCCGAGAGCCUUCUAGUGUCUGGUCUAACCAAUGACAAGCAGUCUCAGCCCCCUUGCCUUGCCUCCCCUUCCUUUCCCAUGUAGACAUGUCCUCAGCCUAAGACUCUUGCAGUCAUGUCUGUUGUAGAAUCACACUGGUCCCUGCUCUGGCCAGCAGUGACCUAGUGCCUCAGGAUCUGUGGUGGCUCAUCCAUCCAGCUGGGGACUCCUGAAGGGGCCAGGCAGAGGUUUUGCUAAGUAGAUCAGCCUGUCAGGUGAGUCCCCCAAGUACAGGACCCUCUGCUGGACCCUGGGUAUGACUGAAGCUCUAACUCCAGCUAUGUCCCUUAGAAUUACUCUUUACUGGUGAGCCGCAAAGAACUCUUCCUGCAGCUUGUCCCCUGGCAGCAGGGACGUACCUGCACAGUGGCCCAGGCCAUCUGCAAGCCAGGUCCGGCCUGGGCCCUGACCUCCCUGGGCUCUCUCCUCAGAACUAGCAGGUCAGAACUCCCUGGGCUUGGAGUAGCCGCUGAUUCCCCAUCAGUCAUGUGACUCUAGCCCAGGCUUGAGCCUCUGCUUCCCGCCUCCUUUGUGUAUCAGGUGUUGCUCACAUCCCCAUUUACUGGGGAGCCUUGUGGAUCUAUCUGGUCUUUCUCCUGUCCCCUCCCCCACUGGUCCUUACCUGGGGGUGGGUGGGGCUUGUACUGUGUCUCAAGUAUUCACAUUUACACUUAAUGACUUCUUUGGCAUCAAUCAUAUUAUUUCACCUUUGCACUUUUUGUAUUUCAAUAAAAAUGGAGAUGGAAAA